AUGGAAAUGCCAGACUUCGACGCCGACAUUAGACGGCUUUCAGAAGUCGCCAAUGGAGCCCGUGGGACGGACUCGUAUCCACACGCGCUGCUAAAGCUUAGCUACAAACUUGAUGAUAAAUUCCGAUCGACCGAAGCCGUCGCCGACGGUAACGAAGCGAUAAGAGUGAGCCGCGAACUUCUUGCCAUCGUUUGGGAAGACAAGCAAGCGCGCAUUGGAGUGAUGCACAACCUUGGAGGUCAACUGAGUGAGAUGUCUGGGCACCCGGAUAGGCUCGAAUACUUGCAAGAAGCUAUUGGUAUAGCUAAUACUAUUCUUGAAUCGACUCCCGAAUGGCACCCUGAUCGACUUUCAAGGCGGAAUGCCCUUGCAGUUCGACUCCACACAAGAUUCUUGUAUAUUGGAAAUAGGGAAGACCUGGAAGUGGCUAUUGAAAUAACACAAGACGUGGCGGACAAAACUUCACCAAACGAUGAGAAGUGGGCUUCCAGACAGGCCAAUCUUGCCGUCCAGCUCGGUCACCGAUACUACCUGACCAAGGCACGGGAAGAUCUCGAGAAGGCCAUUAGGGUUGGGCAGAGAGCCGUAAACUCGAUCUCGAUUGAUCACUAUGAUAGAGGCCUCUGUCUGCGCGGCCUUACAAUCCGGCUUAGUGAUAUGUACUUGGAGACUGGAAAGCUGGAGUAUCUCAAUGAUGCUAUCGACAAAGGCCGGGAGGCAGAGAAAAGUUAUCCCAAGGGCCACGGGGUCUUACCCACACUUCGGAGCAACAUUGGGAUGUGUCUUAGCUACAGAUACUCCCGAAGCCACUCGAUGGAAGACCUUGACAAUGCCAUUGGUCUAAUCCGAGGGGCUAUUGAAGAUCUCAGUGCGGCGAACUCUGAGACUCAUGGCGAUAUGGCUGGGCUUAAGAAUAACCUUGGACUUCUACUGGGCAAGAAGUAUGAGCGAAACAAGUCAAAGGAGACACUCGACGAAGCCAUCGAUGUGGCUCGAGAGUCAGUGGACGCAAUCCUAGAGAGUCAUGUCAAUCGGCCACUCCUACUGAAUAAUCUGGCACUACGGCUUGGAGAAAAGUUCUUAUUGGACAAAAGCCUCCAGCACCUUGAUGAAGCUAUCCAAUUAUCUCGUCAGACCGCGGAGGCAACACCAGACCACCCAUACAGCGCUGGAUGGCUCGUAAACUUGCGCAACUUGCUGGAUGAAAAGUACAGCUACACCAAACUAGAAUCUGACCGCGAGGCAGCCAUUCAAGCAUCCUACGACGCAAUCAAAGCUAUCUCAUCGGGCAACCCUGUUAGAGGUACAUUGUUGAAGGGCCUCGGCGACCAGCUUCUCAACAGAUAUCAGCAGGAGAAAAGCGCCGAAGAUUUUUCGGAGUCAAUGAAACAUUUCCGAACUGCCCUAUAUCAUGAAGAGUCUCCUAUUAGCGACCGUAUCGCGGCCGGCCGCCAACUCCUACUGUCUUUCCCGGCAUCAGGAGAACGCCCAGCCCAAGAGAUGGACAAGGAUGCCGAGGCUACCAUUGAUUUAAUUACUCUUCUUGCCCCCAAGUCUCUGCAAGUCGCAGACAAGCAGUAUCUUCUUUCGGGGGUGGUUGGAUACGCCUCAGAUGCGGCCGCGAUUGCGUUAGCAGUCGAAAGGGAGCCUGUCAAGGCCAUAUCACGCCUCGAAAAGGGCCGUGGUGUCCUUGCAAGUAGUCUUCAAGAUCUACGCACCGAUCUGUCUCAGCUGGAGGGAGAUCAUCCAGAGUUGGCGAGUUCCUUUGUGGACAUCCGAGAUACACUGGACAGAUCGUACUGGACAGAUCUCCAAACUAGGAUAGGGGACAACUCCCCGGGCAGCUCCCCGGACAACGCUUCCCAGUUCCUCGAGGCCGAGAUUGACAAACGCCAUAAAGCCAAUGAGCAAAUGCAGCGCCUCCUUCAGGACAUCCGUACCAAAGAUGGCUUUGAGCGGUUCCUGCUUCCAGUGUCUGAAGCCGAGAUGCGACAGGCAGCGUCACAAGGGCCUAUCGUCAUCGUGAAUGUCAGCAUUUUUCGAUGUGAUGCCUUGGUCAUUGACGAGCCAGGGGUAAGAGCAAUCCCACUAGACAAACUCACUCGCCGCGACAUCCUAGACCAACCCUCGGAUUCGCUGUCCAUAGAAACUCUUAGCUGGCUCUGGGAAGUCAUAGUAAACCCCGUCUGCGAGGCCCUGGAGCUCAAUAAGCCUGACUCUGGAGAACCACGGAAGCGUAUCUGGUGGAUUCCCACAGGGCCACUCGUCGGCUUUCCGCUUCACGCAGCUGGAGACCACCGAAAGGGUGACGGCAAUACCACACUCGACAGAGUCAUUUCGUCCUACAGUUCGACCAUCAAGGCAAUCAUACACACCCGUCAACAGCCAAGCCAGGAGAUUCCAACCAAGGGAACCGGUCGGGCAGUUCUCAUUGCGAUGCCUCAGACCGUUGGCCAGAGUUCACUAGGGAACGUCAUGGGGGAGAAUGACGAGGUGAAGCGGAUUUGCGCAGAGAUGAAACUACGUCCAGUUUCACUGCUGAAACCAUCCGCUAAAGAGGUUUUAUCAGAGUUAAAAGACUGCCAAGUUUUCCAUUUUGCUGGGCAUGGCAGCUCCCAGAUGGACCCGCUGCAGAGUAGUCUCCUACUUGAGGACUGGAAAGUCAGUCCAUUGACAGUGGAGAAGAUGAUGGGGGUCAACGUCAGUUCCAAGCCACCGUUCCUUGCCUACCUCUCGGCCUGUCGGACAGGUCAGAUAAAGGACAAGAGAUCGGUAGAUGAAAGCAUCCAUCUCGCAACUGCUUUCCAGCUAGCAGGUUUCCGACAUGUAGUGGGCACUCUAUGGGAGGUCGAAGAUAAAGAAUGUGUGGCUAUCGCCAGAUCGACUUAUGAGUUUAUGAAGGAGAAUAUGAAGGAGAAUCAAAUCAGUGACUCAUCUGUGAGUAGCGGACUUCACCAAGCUCUCCGGCAGAGUCGAGAUGAUUGGAUCAAAGGCUGCGGCAGGACCGGAGCAGAUCAGGGCAGGGAUAUGGUGUUGAUAGAGAGCGAAGAAGAUGAGCCUAUGCCGUCUUGGGUUCCAUAUGUUCAUUACGGCGUCUGA